UGUUCAACAGUCCAAAAGUAGUCAAAUAACGUGCAAACACCUAUAUUAAAACGCGCAUCACACGGUAAGACACAUAUUUACAAUGAUAUAAACACCUUUUUCUCACUUCUGCAAACUGUCGCAGGUGGAAGCCGUUCUGGCAUGACGACAUAGGAUGUAUGCAUAGCAUAAGCACCGGUGAUUAGUGACGAACACAGAAGCAUGACGGAGAAUCAAUAAGAUCAAUAACAUACAUUUAGAAAAUAGAUAGGGUGAAUUUACAUUUGAUGCCAACUUUAAGUCAUCAUCCAUUUAACAUUUCUGUCUUCUCUCACCUCUAGUUUGUCUAUCACUCCAUCCAUCUCCAGAAAUGACAUCAUCAUCCCUGUUGGAAUGUUUGUGUCACCCUUCUUCAAUUCCUCAUAUCCCAGGGCACUGAAUUAUGGCACACUGGGAUCUCUGAUGGCUAAAGAUCUUCUUCACCUUCUGCUCCCUGAUAUCCACACACAGGCCAACAAUCCAGAGUCAGAGAGCAUGAGCAUAUGGUCUCAUUAUCUGAGUGUGACCAAGGAUCCAGGACGGGUCGACACAUUCUCUCUUUCCUGCUCUGAACAGCAGGAGAUUUGGGUGCAGUACUCUGCUGUACAAGUGGCACUGGAUGCUUAUAAGAAGAGUUUCACAAGGCAUCCAGAAGACUCAUCUCUAUCAGGCCUCUCUUACAUGCACCUUUUCCUCUCCUCCUUUACUAAGGUAACGUGUGACAUUGACUCGUACCGUGAGUUCAUGCCCUUUGAACCUUCCUUCCUGGUGACAGUCCUGUGUUCAAACUCACACUUCUGCCCCAAACCACUGACCUGUGUGAAUAAAUCUCAGAGUUAUCCUCGUGAGAUGCAUCAGAGUCGAACGCUGCACUGAAUCUGAGAGGAACUCUUUUCCGCUGAGACCUGUUGGAGCUAGUUUAUGACUAUUGAACCAUUGGAGCUGCUCGCUGUUUAGUAGAAAAAAGGAGAAGGUCAUUCCAGAGAUCAUAAAACUUCUUAUAUUCACAUAGGCUUAAUACAUUUAAGCUAUAUUAUCACAUUUGAUAACUCAUGUACAGUAUGACGAAC